CGAACGAGAGAGAGAGAGAGAUUUUAUUUCAAGAUAGAGAGAGAGAGAGAGAGAGAGAGAGAGCGAAAGAGGGAGAAAUGGCGUCGGCGGCGGGAUCAAGUGCGGCGGUGCCGUUCUGGAGAGCAGCGGGUAUGACGUACAUUACGUACUCAAACAUCUGCGCGUCACUAGUACGUAACUGCCUGAAAGAGCCAUACAAGACAGAAGCUCUUACCCGGGAGAAGGUGCAUUUCGCCGUUUCCAAGUGGGCCGACGGCAAACCCCAGAAACCCACUAUUCGUUCAGAUACACCUGAAGAAUGAGCGGAGGCAGCUGGUGGCUCAACUGUUUGCUGGAGUGGAGGGUUGUGUGUCUGCCUCAAUGGGGCUUCCUGUUUCUAUUAGAACACUGAGUUUAUUCUUCUUUUGGUAAGAUUUUAUGUUCCCAGACAAUGGUGGCAUUUCUUUUUUGGUUGUUCAAGUGGGAAUACACUGUAAUAAGGUAACUGCAAUUAUCAUACUUGGAAUUAAUCAAUAUUUUCUCAUUAUCCAAUGAAAUGUGGAUGAAUUGUUUAGGGGCUU